AUUGUAACAUGAGUCAUGCUGUUCAUCAGAGUUUGCAAUGAAAGAGAAUUUCCUAUCGUAGCCACAAGAAUGGGGCUCGUGGGCAUGGACAGGGUCAGGCCCAAUAGUAAAACAGAGCAAGGUUGACUCACCCAAGGUGGAUAAGUUGGGGAAAUCAGUAGAGAACUGAUCUUUACCACACUGACGAUGUGUAAAUAAUGACGCAAAAUUUCGCAUUUCGGUAAAACAAAUCUUACUGCCUUUUUCCCAUAUUGCACCCUUUCCUUUUUCGAAGCCCGGCUGUCUUUUUAUUUGAGGUUGGAACAGAACAGAACAGAGUCUCUGGGUCUGAGACCUCUCCUCCGGAAAAUCUCAAGAAGUGAAAUCAGGUCUGUCUUGUCUCCUUCCCUAACGUCCCCCUUUCCUUCUCUUUCUGUGGGGGUUUUGGGUUCUCUCAGAGAUUCACCCUUCCCCGCCACAACCUCCUCAAACCCUUUCAGAUACCCCUUUCAGAGAUCUGGGAAAACAAGCGAGUUUGGAGGUUUUCAACCCAGGGCAAUCAUCAAUCAAUGGAGGACAGGUUUGGGGUUUGGAGAUCCAACAUGAGGAAUGGAGAUUUCCAGGAACGAGAUGUUUGGGAUGUUCUCAAUGAAAGUGGGAGUUCAAGAGGUAGCAAUAGCGUAGCCAAGACGUCCUCUGUUUCCCCUGUUCCAAGGCGACUCCCAAGUGCUGUCAGAAUGAUCCCAGGAGCUAACACUAACAUUAAUCCCAUUCAUGAACCCAGCGUGGUGCAGCAGCAGUCUGCCCCUGUCAACAUUCCUGACUGGUCAAAGAUCUAUGGCAAGAUCCCAAAGAUGGCCUCUAACUCUACAUGGCAUGAUGAUGAUGAUGGUGUGAAUGAUGAUGAAGAUGACGAUGAUAGGAGAGUCAUGAAUGAUGAUGAUGAUGAUGAUGAUGAUGAUGACGAUUUUGAGAAGUUGCCUCCACAUGAAUGGAUUGCUAGGAAGCUUGCAAGGAGUCAGAUUUCUUCAUUCUCUGUUUGUGAAGGACUAGGGAGGACCCUGAAAGGGAGAGACCUGAGCAGAGUCAGGAAUGCUGUCUUAACAAAAACUGGUUUCCUUGAGUAGGCAUCAAACAUGGCAUGCCCAUAUCAUCAUAUGAUGCAAUGGUAAUAACAUAGGUUAUAAUAUAGCUAUUAGCUAGCAAUAAAUUAGGUCUGCCCAUCCCUUCUGAUGGUACAUAUUAUUAACCCUUGCAGUGUAAUUGUGUACAGGGGGUUUCUGUUGGCUUUUGUUCUGUUUCUGGGUAGGACUGUUCUGUUCUGCAAUCUCUAGGUCUCUGAGAUUGCCUUGUGGGAUUUGGGUCUUCUAGUCUCUAUAUAAGAACUCAGAAGUUCAUUCUUAUGGAAAAAUGCAAAGAAUUGAUCUUCA